UAGGAUAUGCGUCAGGAUGAUGGAGAGAAAAAAGGUUAGCCACUUUCUCAGCAAGAGGGGCACGUUUAGCUGAGCUGCGAAAGGAAAGCACCAAGAAGCAUGUCCUUAAUGGCAAGCAGGCAUGGCGCCCUAUGACGCUCCCAGGGCAAGGCGCGAAAGAGGGCGGGAAGGAGGAGGGUUGCUGAUCCAACACAAGGGCCCUUUGCCCAUUACGAAGACAAAUGGCCCUUCUUCUAAGGCAUUCAUUUGCAGCCACCUCUCUCACCAAGGCUGGAAUCAGCUAUAAAGGGCUUCAUUUAAACAAAUACGAAUGACACACCACCGGGCUCCCCUCACCCCUAGGGCGCCGCUUAAGCCACAGACCCCGUUUCCAGUGCUGCGAACAGCAGGCAAGGAUAGAACGCGAUGGGUUCUGGGAUGCGGCAGCGCCUCUGAACAUGUGCAGAGCGCUUCCCGCGGGCAGGGGCGGGGUGGGCCCCUCUUCUCCUAAGGGAGGGGGCGCCCCGUCUCCUUCUUUGGCGGCGCGUCGGGUGUCAGCCCUGCUGCAGUCGCUGCCUGCCUGCCUGCGGGGACGCUCUCCAGGCAAGCGGCGGGCGGGGAAGGAGCAGCACCGGGCGGCGGCGACGUCGUCUUGGCUCUCGCGGCCCGCCAUGGCCCAGGCCAAGAUCAGCAGCUCCAGGAGCAGCUCCAGCGUCGCCGAAGCCGGCGGCCAGCAGCAAGCGGGUGGGGGGCAGCUGCGGGGCCGCUUCUUCCGUUCCACCUCCAUGGCGGACCGAUCCAGCCGCUUGCUCGAGUGCCUGGACCAGCUGGAGAGGAGGGUUGAAGCUUUGCGCGAUACAGCAUCUUCAAUGGAGCAGGAAAAGGAAUCACUUCUAGAAAUGAUCCAUGGCAUACAAAACAGCCAGGAUAUGAGGAACAUUAGUGAAGGUGAAAGAGAAGAACUCAGUCUGACUGCUAAACGUUUGAUGGGCAGAACCCUCACGGUGGAGGUUUCGGUAGAAACCAUCCGAAAUCCCCAGCAACAAGAGUCCCUAUUACAUGCCACACGGAUGAUCGAUGAAAUAGUUGGCAAACUAUUGGAUGAUUUGGAAGACUCCAAGAGCCGCUUAAUGUCACUUUAUGGUGCUUGUACAUCUGAGGUGCCUGCUGGACCUGUUAACCAAAAAUUCCAGUCUGUUGUAAUUGGAUGUGCAAUAGAAGAUCAGAAGAAAAUCAAAAGACGGCUAGAGACUCUUCUCAGGAACAUAGAAAACUCUGAAAAAUCCAUCAUGCUAUUGGAGCACCAGAAAUCCACCGCAAGGCACCUCUGCAACAACGGGAAAGAUUAAAAGCAAAAUCAAAUAAAUCAAAGAAUUGCUGCUUCCCUGGAAUUUGAAGAAGAAAAAAGCAACACCAGAGGACCUUGCAUGUCUAUGUAGCCCUUAAACCAACUCUUGGGCGUUCAGAGCACAGAGGCAUAGCUAAAAGGGAAGAAGCUAGGCAAAAUUCCCUUACUUUACCCUCAGUGAGAAGACUACCAAUUAAAAAAUGGACUCAUAUGAAGCGCUUCCUCACUCUGCGGCAGAUACAGGAUUAAGCAGCUAUAGGACUGUAGAAGCACAUGAACAUCCAGCAGUUUUCAGUCCAUUGCUUUUCUUCCCCCAGAGUUAUCCAGCCUAUUUUACUCUGUGUGGGGAAUAGUAGCGUCCUGGAUAUAUUAAAAUAGGUAGCUAUAGCCAUAUUUGAUAUCAGUAUUAAAAUGUAGGCAUCUGAUGAUGUGCCAAUGAUUUAACUUUUCAUAAGCUGUAUUUGGUUUGCUCCCGUACAGUUAACUGUUUUAGUAUUUUGAUACUUCUGUUAUAAAAAAAAUCUGCUGCUGAAUUCCAGAAGCUC